CUCUUCCGUGAUAAAGGAAGAGGCAAGAGCAUUGCAUGGAGGAAGCUUAAGGAAACCAAUCAUCCAGUCUCUCACUCCAUCCCUAAACUCACGGCUGUUCCCAAGAACACAUAUGUAGGAGAUCCAAGCUCCUGGAAGCUCCAGCUUUUAUCUCUUCACCUUGAACUCUCCUUAUUCAAGAAUACUGCUCAUUACCUUCUAGGCCCUGGCUGCAUCUGGGAUCAAGCUAUCUUACUUUCUGGCCAUCAAGAGACAGAUCGAGAUGCAGAAAGGAAGCAUUCCCCUUAAGUAUUUGUUACUAUUGCAUCUCCUACUUUUAAAACAUGGUAUAACCUUCGGUGAAAAUAGCACAACUGUCAACACUACAUCCAGUGCAGCCCCUAGGGGGACCAGCACAUUCCCCUACACUGAAUCCAGCACAGCAUUCAGUGAGACCAGCACAGCUUCCAACACUGGAUCCAGUGUGACCUCGGGUGAAACCAGCACACCUUCCAAUAUUGGAUCCAGUGCGACCUCCAUUAGAACCAGCACAGCCUCCAACACUGGAUCCAGUAUGGUCUCCAGUGGGAAAAGCACAGCCUCCAACACUGGAUCCAGUGAGACUUCCAGUGGGACCAGCACAGCCUUGAGUACUAUACCCACUGGGACCUCCAAUGGGACCAGUACAGCUGUCAACACUGGGUCCAGUGCAACCUCAGGCCCACCUUCUCCAACUGGAAUGCACACAACUUCCUACGGAAAUAGCACAAGUACUGCUACUUCAACAAGUAAAGUGGGGCCCGAUGGGUCCCUGAAGCCAUGGGAAAUCUUUCUCAUCACUCUGGUCUCGGUUGUAGUAGCUGUGGGCUUCUUUGCUGGGCUCUUCUUCUGUGUGAGAAACUCCCUGACCCUGAGAGACAUCUUUGACACAGCUGUCUACCACCCCCAUGGCCCGCACCUUGACCUGGGCCCUGAAGGGAGUCACAGAGUCCACCACAGGCCUAGGUGGAGCCCUAACUAGUUCUGGAGGAAACCAGUAUCCUCUGUGGCUAUGGAGAUGAGAGGAUGGUACAACAGACCCUGAGCAGGGCUAAAGUCAGAGAGCCACAUUCUUCAUGGAGGAAGCUGACCUGAGGGACUGGAGAUCUAAGUGUCCUUUCACUUGUCCCCAGAAGUCCCCUCCCAGCUUCGGAUCUGUGACAGCCUUGGAGAAGAUGCUUCCUCCCCCUCUGUUGCUUUUACCAGACAUUGGAAAGAAGAGAUGCUUAUGGUCAUUUGGCUAAGAAAUAAACACAUCCAAAAUAAA